AUGAACACGAACCAGCUGAUAGCAAACCCUGUUGACGAGCAAGAGCCAUUACAAGAAGACAUUAAUCAAGAGGUAGACACUUCUUCUAUUGUGAUCAUACCUUUCAGAUUAGAAGCUACCAUUAGACCAGCCGAUCAGGUCAGAGGGUCUUUUUAUGAUCAUUACUUAACACGUAAAAUUACAAAUCAUGUAACUGCUACGAUUAUAGUCGAAGGCAUGAUAAGAACUCAACCAGAAGGACAACCUGAUCUACAUCCAAUACAUAUACUUAACAAUUAUCAUCAACAGCUUUCUUAUAAUCUUGAUAACCAUGCAAAUUGGCCCGAGUAUAUCUUAGAUGAUGAGUUAGGUCAAGAUCAAUCAUUUGGCUUGCUACUGAUCCCAGGUAUGGCUAGAAAGACAAUAGAAAAGCUACCUAAUCACUGUCAACUUCGCCAAGAAUUAGAGUCGAGAGCAAUCAGGAAAGCACGACUAAGAGGUCAACCAAUUCUUGGUAUUUGUGCGGGCAGCUGGCGUAUUUGGGAGAUUUUUGGUGAGCUUUAUGUGGCUACACCAAAUGGCUAUGAGCUAAGAAGAACAUUACAACUUCAAGACGUUCAGGAUCAUAUGUAUUAUAGAAUGACCUCUUUAAGUAGUCUAGGAGAGACUGUAGGUAAUAAUGAAAUGGUUCAUUAUGUACUAAUACAACAAGAUUCUCUUCUAAGUUGUAUUAUGGACUUUCAGCUGGAUGCUGAAGUGCAAAAAAUUCCAGUGAAUAGCGUACAUUGGAAAUCACCUGUAGAUGCGGACCAUCCAGUUUUAAGUGUUUCAGCAAUAUCUAUAGGAAAUUGUAAUGCUAAACAUAGACAUGGGGAAAUGAUGCAGCCAGAAGAAGAAAUAGUCGAGGCUUUUGAAUCUAAAUAUGGUGCUCCAGUGAUAGGGAUACAGUGGCACCCCGAAGCUUUUUACAACAAUACAAAUGUUGAAUUUCAUCCAAAUAGCCAAUUGAAUGUACUAAAAUUUAUGACAAAAGCUGGUGAUGCCUAUCAAAGCAAGCGUGCCUUUUUAACAAUGUUUUCAGGUUUUUAG